AAGCAAAACUGAUACAAGAAACGAAGACGUAGUCGUAAUGUCUCUGUCUUAAAUUAAACAUUGUUUAUUCGUUUAUAAAACAGAAUGGUUAAGGUCUCAAGCUACAACUUUGUAAUAUCAGAUGCCGGUAACAAUAUUGUGUAAGUAAUAUAAUAUGGAGUUCGGUUCAAGUCACGUCUACGCUGGCUGCGACGACGUUUAUUAUUCAAGCGUUCCAAGAGACAACUCUAUAAACGGCAAGAAAAAUAUAAAAGGACCACCACUGUUGGAUUCCGUUUAUGAAUCAGUUGAUGAAAAAGUGAAAGAAAAACCAAAUCCAGUUUAUGAUGAUGUACCACUUGAAGGAGCCAAAAGUUACGCAAUUUAUGACGAAGUUGCCACUGACAAGGCGGUUGACAAGACACCAGUUCUGAAUGUUACGACCCCUAUUGGUCCAAUUACAACACAAGUGCCAUUCACCGCAAUAAAGCUACCACCCCCUCCUGCAGUAAACAGACGUAACUCGAACCGGUCGAAACCAGUUGAACUCUCCCAUACAAACCCUUUUUAUAAUGCAGUCAAUGAAACCAAUUCUUUAAAUGACUUGGAACCUGUUGAAAAAAUGGACAAAAAUAAAUUGGACGAAGUAUUUAUGCCGCCUAUCCCUGCAAGAGCAACAAAUAACAUUUAUAUUCAACAAGAAGAUUUUAUACAAGGAGGAAAUAAGACAGCAGAAACGCCGCAGUUAUAUCCUGACUUGGAGCAAAUGAUUGAUCCUUCAAGUCUCUCUAUUUCUCCACCAAGGACACCAACAGCACCCAGCCUUUCAGCAGUGAAUUCACUACGUCGUGUAGAACCCUCUGCGCCAAGCCUGACAGCGAGCAUGAGGAGUAGAUCUGAGACUGCAUGGGAUGCAAUAGUUGAGCCACACCAAACACCGUCUGCACCAGAAGAUACCUACGCAAGUGCAGACACUAACAUUGUUUCAAUCAAGUUAGGAAUAGUAGGACAAAGGAAUAACACAUUCUUUCAGCCUGCCCCUCCUACAAUGUGUUCUGCAUGCGGUGCAGUGACUGCCGCAGACUCUCGAAUGGUUUGGAGUUGUAAAUUUUGCGAACAUGAGAAUAAAAUUGUCAGCGGGAAUUCAGCGCCCUUGAUUCCCUCUGUAUCUCACGGCGAUGUGACUUACCUUGUUCAGCCAAGCGUAACUCGUAACCAAGACAACAAUGACCCCAUGCUCAUAUUUUGCAUCGACGUAUCAGGAAGCAUGUGCGUUUCCUCGCAGGUGAAGUCAGGCAAUGGAAAUGUUUUUGUUACUCGGCUGCAGGGUGUCCAGCAAGCUAUAGUUGACCAAAUAAACAAAAUUGAGGUUACCAGACCAAACACAAGGAUUGGACUUGUCACUUUUAGUAGUUUGGUUAAUGGAAUAGGAGAUGGGUCACCAGAACAGGAAAUCCUUUUAAGUGAUUUUCAACUUUACGAUUUUGAUUUUAUAUUUUCCACGGGCAAAACAGCACCGAUACCAGGCACAAUAUCAAACACAAGAGUUCAACUAAGCAGGGCCCUUAAUAGUUUGAAUACCAGUGGUGGCACUGCACUUGGUCCAGCACUUCUGUAUUCUGUUGCACUUGCUUCUCAAAGACCAGGCUCUCAGGUUAUAGUAUGCACAGAUGGGAGAGCCAACAUGGGUAUUGGAAGUUUAGAAACUGAAGAUGAUUAUCAGAUUUGUCAUCAUUUUUAUGACUCAACCACUGAAAUGGCAUUAAGUAAUGGUGUGAUAGUGUCCAUGAUGAGCAUUGUAGGAACAGACUGCAGACUUGUUGAGCUGGGGAGAGUGGCAAGUAAAACUGCUGGCAAGGUGAGUAUUGUGGAUUUGGAAAAUAUUUCAAAGACAUUUGAAGAUAUUUUAUCGGAGUCUGUUCUCGCAACGCAAGUCUCUGUUCAACUAAGCACUCAUAAACAACUAUUCCUAGCGAACACCAAAGAAUCGACAGGAAGCAAAAUUGAACAAUUUGUUGGAAACAUUACUGACCAAUCCGAGAUCACGUUCAGAUAUGGAAUAAAUAAAGAAGAACUAGGGCCAGCCACACCCCCUAAAGUAGCCCCCUUCCAACUUCGGAUAACUUAUCGCUCUCUAACUGGACAUCAAUGCAUGAGAGUAUUGACACAAGAUCGGCCAGUUACUGAGGACAGAGUGUUGGCAGAAAUGGAAAUGAACCCAGCUGUUAUUGGUACAUAUGCUGCACAGUCUGCAGCAGCUUUAGCAUUAGAAGGAGAGGUGGAUGAAGCAAGAGUACUUUCAUUGGCGCAUAAGGAACUUGUGGGCCGUGGAAUGACAUUGAGAAAUAAAGCUGGGGCUUCUGUGAUUAAAACUGAGCAAAUUUACGAAUCUGUUCAAAAACAAAUGGACAACAUAAAUACAACUUUGGGAAAAGUAGAAACAGAGUCUGUAUCAUCGCAUGACUCAGCAGAGGAGUCACGGCCAUGUCCAUUAGAUGAAGUUUACGAAAGCCUCCCCAACCAACCCACAACCUUACAAACCGAUCGACCCCCUGCCCUACCACCACGUUUGUAUCAAACUGGAAGAUCUAAAUCAACAACUAGCAUCACUAAUAUGUUAUCCAAGCUACCGAACAUACCAAAAGCCAUCAAACCAAAAAAGAAAAAGAAAGCAGCUGCCCGAGAAUACAAAGAUGACGUCGCUCAGAAAAUGUUUUCUUUUUCAAAAAUUACGAGCAAAGUUUUUCAACCUGCAGCAUUUUCCUAAUUUAUUCUUAAAACUUAACAUAAUUAUACAGCAAAGUUUUUCACAAUCUUGUAUUGUUAUUAAUAGGAGACACCUAUUCUGUCUAAAGCUUAAGUUUUAAUCUAUACAAUAUGUUUUACAGUAAUUUAACAGUCCUUUUAUGUAAAUACCAGGUUUUAAAUAUUUUUUGGCUAGUUUUUAGUUAGCCGAAAUAGCAACACAACUUUUUGGGUACAUGCUGUAAUUGGGCAUCUUUUCUGCCAAAACAAUUUUGUCUUUUUCAAAUGUGAUAAUUUAUUUUCUUACUUGUUAAAAUACUAAAAUAGUAACCAAAAGUUCAUUUCUUGUUCGUAAUUUUAAUGUAAAAUUUUUUGUAUUUCUUCAAAAUGUAUGAAAACUUGAAAAAAAUAAUUUUUGUUUAAAUUUUUUGAGCUGUUUUUUGUACAUUUUGUUCUUUGGAAUAAAUAAUUUUAUCUCCUUUCUCUUCAAGCCUUACCACUGCAAAUAUUCAAUAAUUUUUCUCCCAUAACAUUGUGUUCUUUGUUACUUAUUCUGUACUGUUUUCGUAAAAUCAACACAAAGAUCCAGUUGUCGUUGCAUUUUUAUCCCAAUAUAUUACGGUACAUUAAGUUUCUGAACUUUACCAUAUUAACCUAAACUGCUGUUCCUUACUUUAACCACAAUUCGCCUGUAUAACGAUACACAAAGCCACCAAAUGAAAUUUUGCACACCAGUUUUAAAACAACAUUUAUGUUACUAAAUCGCUCACACAAUAGAAUUCCAAUUGUAUUUAUUUAAAAUAUAAUUUUGCACCUACUUUUGCCUUACCAAACAAAGCCCUACAACUGUUUAUUAUUCUUGCGUAAAUGUUAUCCUUGAGCCACUUCAAAAUAACUACAUUAUGCGAGUAGGCAUAUAUUUUACAAUUUUGGUGAUGUACCCUUUAACUGCAAUUUUUCUUCAAACGUUCUUCAAAUUUUGGGCAAUCGUUUUUUAAUAAGUUUACGUUUUUAAUCAAAUUUAGAUCACAAAUUAUUUUAAAAACAACCUUUUUUAUUGUUUAAACUUUAAGGGUAUUUUUAUGAGCCAUUUAUACAAUUGAUAAAAUAUGCUGUUUCUGUGCAUCUUAUAACUGUUUUAUAAACGACGCAGCUUAAUUUUUACUAGCUACAAUAUUAAUAUUUAAUUAUACGGCACUAAUAAAGCAAAACAAAAACCGCUAGAAUAA